CAAAACACAUACUGAUGAACACUUUAGACAAACAAGGGAUUAGCCAAAUGCUUCAUGAGAUAGAAGAGCCGAGGAACAGUCUUAUCUUUCCUGGUGUGAAACUUCCUGUUAUUUUCGAAAGUAGAGAUAAAAACAUUAUUAUUAAUUUAUGCGCGCCUUUGAAAUAUAAUCAAGAAGUAUUUAUGGAUGAAAAAUGCUGCAGACCUAUUAUAGGUAUCAAAAAUGAUAAAGUACUAAAAGAUCUUCAGCUAGAGAAUAAUUCAGAAAAUGUCUCAAAUAAUGGGGCUAACACAAACUGUUUAUUUUCAGAACAUCAGAGAAUCUGAUCCGAUAGAAUACUAUCAGAAUCCCUUAAAAGCCACAUUAUGUUCCACCAAUCCUCUCACCUAAGCCAAAGAUCUUUCGGUAUAGAGUUGAAGAGUGAAAAUUCUGGAUCAACUGAUAGCUCAAGGAGUUCACCAAGAAUCGAUUUCAUAAGCAAGGGCUCAAGAUCCGAGGAGAUUUCAGUAUUAAAGGAUUAUCAGUAUUCAGUAACCUACAUAAAGCCCAGAGGAAGCAAGAGAAGCAAAAGAGUGAUCAAUUGAAGAUACGACAACUGUCAAAAAUUCUUUUAUAAAACAUGGAACUUUAUCGACCACGCCAGAAUGCACUUAGGAGUAAAACCUUUUGUGUGAAAUCUUUGUCGAUCAUGCUUUACUCAGAAAGGAAAUUUGAAAACCCACUACAAAUCCUGUAUACAGAAAUAUUCUUAA